AUGACGUUUGUAACGCUCAGCACCCGUUUCAUAACAGGAUGCUUCCUCCUAGUCAUCACCGUCAACGUCUUCUACUUCCGCAAGAUAUACAACCUCGAGGAACAGCGCCUCCGCGACCUCGAGCUCCAGCAUCUCCACUCCCAGAGCUUUGAGGACUACAUUCCCGAUGCUCAGAUCGAGUACCCACCAGACUCGCCCUACCAAGAGUUGGACCCUGACCAGAAGGUGGCGUUCCUCCUCCACAGCGUCCAAGCCGAAUCCAACAGCUUCCAUGACAACAGCGCCUACCACCUGGCAGAGUUCUCCCCCAAAGAGGUGGAAACAUCCGAGUUGUUGUAUGACCCACGUGUGACGUUUUCCGUGUACCUCCACCACCUAUUGCAUGGCGAUGGCAACACCAGUGUGCCGUUUGCGUGGUCGGACUGGGUCGACUUGACAGUGCUCAACCAGGAGUUGGACAAGCUGGACUCGUCGAAGUUGACCUGCUCGUGGCUCCAGUCCAAGGUCAACAAGCCCACCAACCACCCCGACUUCUGCAUCAACAAACAGGACUUAUCCCAAGAACAGAUUGACGCCAUCGGCUUGCCCUUUGAGCAGCUUCCAGGCUUCAUCGUCACGAAGUCCCCCCAAAACAAGAUCCCCAAUGAACAGAGCAUCAUGCAGGCCAAGGGCCACUUGUUGACAAGCGCAGAAUUGCCCAUAAAGUUGGUUUUUCUUACCUCUUCUGGAACUUACCAGUUGGAUGUGCAAAAUGACAGAAAAGACAUUUAUCGUUCAGGCAUGCUCGACAAUUACUUGCAACAACGCGGCUUGAGUGACGAGAAGAAGGUGAAGUUCACCCCCCGCGAUAUAAUGAAGGAAUUGACUAAAAAAGUCAAACCCAAGCAGCAAGACACAAAUAAUCCAGUAUAUGCCAAGGCACCCCACGGAGGAUCUCGGGAAUUCAAUCUAACCCCUGAAAUGUUCCAUUACAGCCAAGAAGACGUGGAAGCCCAGAUCCACGAAUAUCAAGAAAUCAUGAAAGAAACCACUCGGAUACCGAGAAGCGAAGCCUUCGCAAAGCUCUCUUUCAACUACGAGAAACUCUCGAAACAAGAACUAAAUCACUAUCAAGGUCUAGUUGGUGCUAAUCGUUACUCCAAUGACGAUGAGCCAGUAUACUACAAGCUAGCAACCUUGUACCUUGAUGAGGAGAACCAAGAUAAUGGAUGGCAUUACGAAUGGAGGUUCUUCAAUGGGGCUUUCAAGUACAUGAAAGAUAAAACCUGGACUCAGAAGCAAUUAGCGGCCAGAGAAAAAAUUAUCUUAGAAAGACUAUUGAGAAAUUGGUUCAAGUUCAGCAAGGAGAUGGGAAUCGUUUCAUGGAUCUCACAUGGCCCAUUAUUAGCCUGGUACUGGAAUGGUUUUAUGUUCCCAUUUGACAUCGAUAUCGAUAUUCAAAUGCCAAUUGCAGAAUUAAACAAACUUACCAAGAACCACAACAUGACCUUGGUGAUCGAAGAUGUUGAGGAUGGUUUUGGCAAGUACCUUAUCGAUUGUUCCACCUAUCUUCAUCAUAGAGACAUUUCAGGAAAAGGCAACUACAUCGAUGCUAGAUUCAUCGAUGUUGAUAGUGGUGUGUACAUAGAUAUCACUGCACUCAGUAAGAACAAUGAAAUUCCACCACCUGAGUAUAAUAGUCUCAUAAAGGAGAAGACGGCUAAAGGAGAGCUGGUCGAAUUAUACAUGGAUAGAAGAAAACACUGGAUGAACUUUGAGAAGUUGAAUCUGUUGAGAUUAACGAUGAUAGACGCAGUCCCCGUUUAUGUUCCAAAUGACAUAAUGUCCAUGCUAAACUUCGAGUACUCACAAGGUACCACGGCAUAUUACUUCAAUCAUUACUUCUAUGUUCCUAUUAUUCGUCUUUGGUUACCAGAAGGCAAAAUUAUCAAAAUUUUUGAACAAGAAGGCAAAUAUAGGGACCGGAAAGGAAAAGUUAAUGUAAAGAAAUUAGUGGGAAGAAUCAAAAACAUGGAUCUUGAUGAUAAGGUUAGAUUAUUGGAGUCAGAUAAGGAAAUCUUGAUAGAAUAUGAAAGAACCAACGAAUUUACCUCCAUGCACAAUUAUGAGAAGCUCUACAUGAUGGACUUUUCCCAACAACUCUCUGUGUUGGAUCUUCACAACAACACUGAAUACCAUCAGCUAACCAGCAGAUACGAAUUGGGAAGGCCCUUGAUGAAUAGUUUAUUCGCAUUCGAAUACUAUGAUAGGGCAGAGGGCAGUGAUUAG